AUGGCUGAAAGUCCUAUGUGGGAGCAAGUUGGAGCAAGUUUUGUGCAUCUCUAUUACCGCCACUUUGAUGCCGACAGGGUACAACUAAGUGCUCUCUAUACAGAAGCUUCUUGUUUGUCCUGGGAAGGAGAACAGUUCCAAGGAAAAUCAGCAAUCAUGGAGAAGAUGCUGAAUCUUCCAUUCCAAAAAAUCCAGCACAGUAUUACAUCUCAAGAUCACCAACCAGCUCCAGAUAACUGUAUCCUUAGUAUGGUUGUGGGUCAGUUAAAGGUAGAUGAAGAGCCUGUGAUGGGAUUCCAUCAACUGUUUAUUCUGAAGAAUAUGAAUGACAAAUGGAUUUGCACUAAUGAUAUUUUUAGACUGGCUUUGUACAACUUUGCUUGA